UGGAAUGUCACUGUGACUACAUAGAAAAUAAUGAUAGAUAUUAUACUAAUUCAUCUGAGCAUUAAUGAGGCAGCAAAAGGUAUGAUAUUUCUUCGACUUUUCCUGGAAAUAAUACGAAAGCGAUUGAUAUAAAUGGUGCUAGAAUCUUGAUUAAAUCUGUCGUGAAGACUUCGAAUAAUCUAAUAUCAACCUCUGAAGAGAAACCUCAAGAGAAUAAAAGAAAAAACAUACUCUUGAAAGAAAGAAUAAAGUUGAUACUUGGAAGAGGGAGAGUAAAAUGAUGUUGAAGUGUUCAAAGUACUGGUAAAGAGUUGGUAAUGGAUGAUGCUCCAAAAUAUUAAUCUUUGAAAGAGAAACAACUUGAACUUCAAAACGAGAGAUAAUACAACCGAAUUUUUCUCAUCAUCCCUCAAAUUAAAUGCUUAGUUUUUCUGAAGUUUAACUAAAGAGACCGAAAAGAACGAGUAAAUUUACGAAAAUGUCUUCGAAUCUGCUACGAAUCCGAAGUUUAGAAAAACAAGAAAUUGUUAUUUCACAAGAAUUAUUCGAUAAAGUCGUGACCAGGAAUAUGGAAUUUUUAAUUGUAACUAUAAGAAAUUCAAGGCAUAUUAUAUUGCCAUAUCCAAGUCAGACAAUCAGAAAUUUUGUCAACUACGUGGAAAGGGACGAUCCCGAAUUCACCUCUGUCACACAGGCAUUCGAUUUAUAUCGUUUAAGUAAAAAAUUUCAAAUAGAAAAUUUACGGAGAAAAUGCAGAAUAUAUCUUAUUACAGAAAUCUCACUGAGUAAUGUUUGCUCAAUACACGACUUUGCCUGCGAAGUCAAAGAUUCAGACAUAAUUUAUUAUUGUUGGAAAGCUUUCGAUGAACACGGAGAAAACGUAUUUACAACACGGGACUUUCUGUGCUGUAAAAGUUCAACAAUUAAUACACUCGUAUCUCGACCCAUAUGCGAAUCUGUUACCGAGAUAAGCUUAUUCUUAGGUGUAUAUCAUUGGUGCGAAGAACGAGUAAAAAACGAAACAGGUACAAAGGCUUAUGUUUUAAUGGAAAAAGAAACUAAGAGACUGAAAAUAAGAGAUGUUUUUGAGCCAUUUAUUGAAAAAAUCAGAUUUCUUGCCAUGAGUGUAAGUGAAAUGAAAUCUUCCGUGUUUACACUUAACUUCUUAACAAGUACAGAAAAAGGACUUCUUCGGUAUGCUUCCGAGACUCAAGAUUAUUCCAAUUAUCCGAGUUACUUUAGUAAGGAAACACAAACCAGAUACAUAGAAAAUUAUUACGACUUGAUUGAUUAUAUUAGUAAUAAUGAACAUUUUACAAGAAUAACCAACGAAAAUAGGAAGCCAAAGUUGUAUUUCAGCUGUGAGGUAAUUUUGAGCGAAGAUUCUUACCUCACCGAUCUUCUCUUACCAAUAAACCUCUCUCGCGACAGUGCCAUUAUGCAAGUAUUUGGAUAUAUUAAGACGUUGAAUAGCGAUAUUCACUACUUUUACACUGUUUGCAAUCGGGAGGGAAUCGCAAAAUUGGAAAGGUGUUUUUACCUAAAAAAGGAUAUGCCGUUUCGUUUCAUUGCUUUUUUUGUCGAUAUUGAAAAUUUUCAGUCUACUGUUAAUCUAUCGUCCGAAACAAUCCUCUUUGAGAACGAUGAAGAAACGGAAGAAAUGUUCGAACAAUUAAACAUUAAAAUUGACAAAAGCAUUUACGAUAAUAUUUCUUUCGAACUUAAAUUUUAUUUUUAAAAAUAAGAUUGUUAUUAAAAUUUUUCAUUAU